AUGUCAUACAACCCAGGGAAAAAGCCUGUCAUCGCUGUUGUAGGUGCUGGGCCCGGAAUUGGCGAAGCUGUUGCUCGUCGCUUCACCUCAGAAGGGUUCGUAGUCGCACUACUUGCUCGCACUGAAGACAAACUCCGGACUAUGGCCGAAGGUAUCGACGCCGACUUUGGCCAAGGAACGGCACGGUACUACAUCACCGACCUGCGCGUAGAGGACUCUGUUAUCUCCAGUUUCAGGGCCAUCCGCGCCGAGUUGGGUGCGGUGCAUGUUCUGGUCUAUAAUGCUGGCGCCCGACGAGUUAAUGGGAGAUUGAUACUGGACACGACAACGGAAGAAUUUGAAGGCUUCACCAAAAUUAAUUUGUUUGGAGCAUUUUGGUCCACCAAAUGCGUCUUACCAGAUAUGUUGGCGCGAGGGCAAGGAACAAUAAUCUAUACCGGCGCCACCGGUUCGCUACGCGGAUCACCUGGCUUGAGCAGCUUCUCACCUGGCAAAUUCGGACUUCGGUCACUGGCGCAAAUUGUGGCACGAGAGUACCAGGAUCAGGGAAUACAUGCGGCGCACGUCAUUGUUGAUAGUCCGGUGGAUGGAAAACUGAUUGGUGGUGUUAGACGGCGACAGUGGCAGCGGGAGGGUGCGGUAGAAAAGUUGGAGAAUAUUGAGGCGUAUCUUUUGCAGCCAACAGAUCUGGCUCAUAUUUAUUGGUUUCUGCAUACUCAACCCCGAAGUACCUGGACGCACGAAUUGGAUGUACGACCUCAAAAGGAGGGUAUGUUCUCCAAGCUUUAA